AUGGCACCAAAGGCAAACGAGGAGUUAAAAGCGUUGCAAACGGAGUUGAAUGAGUUAUUUGAGAAAAUUAAAGCUGAACAAGGUAAGGUAGCGGAUUGUACUUUUGAAGAAAAGUGCGGUGAUGUUCCAGCAUUGCCAAAAGUUAAAUUGUCGACCAAACGGUUGUUGAAAGGUCAUAUUAACAAAGUUAAUGCAGUGCAUUUUAGUGAUGAUUCCAGAAACUGUGUUUCAGCAUCAUUGGAUGGAAAACUAAUUAUUUGGGAUACAUGGACCAGUAAUAAAAUACAGAUAAUACCAUUACGCUCUUCAUGGGUUAUGAGUGUGGCUUUUGCACCUUCUGGAAAAUUUGUUGCUUGUGGAGGUAUGGAUAAUAUGUGUACAAUAUAUGAUUUGGAAAAUAAAGAUAGCUCUGGAAUCCCUAAAAUGGUUAGAGAGUUGGCAGGAUAUGAAGGAUUUUUGAGCAGCUGUAGAUUCCUUGAUGAUAAAAAUAUAAUAACUGGAUCAGGAGAUGCAAAAAUUUGUAAAUGGGACUUGGAAACUGGUCGCAAAACUGGUGAAUAUUUGGGCCACACAGGAGGAGUUGCUUGCAUAUCAUUGGCUUCGACCGGCUGCUACGUUACGGGUAGUGCUGAUAGCACUUGCCGUUUGUGGGACUUGCGCCAACCCAAAAUGGCAAAUUGCUUUUUUGGCCACUCGGCUGAUGUUAAUGGAAUUUGUUUUCAUCCAAAUGAACAAGCAUUUGUAUCGGCAUCCGAAGAUAAAUCUUCUAUCCUCUUUGAUGUAAGAUCAGACCAGCAACUAACAAAAAUAUCUUCUACAAAUCCAAAUGCUGGAUUCACAUCGUGUGCUGUGUCUCUAAGUGGUCGUAUUGCACUUUGUGGAUCAAUCGAUAAAAGUAUUCAUAUGUGGGAUCUGUUAAAAGGGCAGACCAUGGGUACAUUAUCGGGUCACGAAAAUAGAGUGACAUCAGUUUCUUUAUCAAAGAAUGGAAUGGCUUUAGCGUCUUGUAGCUGGGAUCAAAACGUGCGAAUUUGGCUCACCGCAUAA